UAAGGCCGAUAGUGGGCCUAAAAGUAAGAAAUUCCAUUAUGUCAGGCCCAUCAUAAAAUGCCCAUUUUGUAAAAGGAUCACAAUCGUAAGAGGCGGUCUAGUCUUUUUUACGUUCUUCGUUAACUCUCACACCAAUCGAUUUGUGUGUGUUUCAAUUUCUUAUUGCUUCCCUUCCCAAUGGCGUCGUCUGGAUCGGCCGACGAUGAUUUCCAGUCUCGCGUUGCGAAGAUCUUUGGGUCUCUCCCCUUCUCUCGUCCUUCGUCUUCCAAGUUUUCUACAUCUUCUACUCCGGCGUCGCGGCAACAAUCGGGGUCGGUGUGGACUCUCUCCGACACAGAAGUAGAGAAGCGGGAAUGGAAGCGAGAUUCGUACGAUAGAGACGAGAUUCCUUGUGUUUCAUCGUUCGAUGAGCUGUUGAGACAACAAAGGAUCUCGAGCACUGCUCGGAAGCCUCUAGAGGAUGAUCUCAAAGAUAUGGAUUGCGGCGAGGAUUUUGAUGGUGAGUGGAGUAUCAGAGCCUCCAUGGGACUUGACCGCACUCUCGAUGACGAGGCAGAGGAAGAUGAGUAUGAUAAAGUUGCACUAGGUGAAGAGAAUGACGGUGAAGGUGAAGGCUUGUCUAUGAAAGAUGCCCUUUCAAAACGGGAUCCUCGUGCUAACUAUGUUGCUGCAAGAAUUAGGCUGAAGGAAGACGCAAUCGAGGCCAACAAGUUUAAUACUUCUGCCAGUCAACCUGCGAAAAGCAAAGAGCCACGCGCAGAAGAAUCAUUCGAAGCUGUGCCGCAAAAACCUAUACUCAAAAGGAAGGAGAAUAGUUCAGAUUCAGAAGGAAGGACAAGUAAGCGAGUCAGGUUUGAUUUUGUGUCUGAAGAAACAUCAAAGAAACCUGAAGAUUCUUGUUCAGCUUCUGUCUCCUCAACAAGUGUAUCUCAUCAGGGUAAAAGUGGUGCUCGGGUGCCAGAUUACUUGCUAAAUCCUUCGAGUUACACCCGUUACAGCUUUGAUCAAUCUCGCGAAUUGAAUGAGAAGUCCCCAGCAGGAGAAUACAUGGACACUCCCAAGGCUGUUGAAGGAUUAAAAACUCCAGAGUCAGGAUCAUUCUCAAAAGUCUCCUUUAUUCCACAGAAGAAGACCAAGGACGUUAGAGAAGUCAGUAGUAACUGUAGUGAGACGAAGCCUGUUGUAGCUGGAGAGUUGGCAGAAGAAGAGAGACCAAGUGCAACAGAAGAUGGGGAUACUGAAGUAGGAGAAUCAGAGAGCUGCACCAGUUUCCAAAGGAAAGGUCGUCAAUAUCGCGCUAAGCGAAGUUUAGAUGAAACAGCUGUCUGAUCUUUCACAUACCAGUUGGUUGGAAAACGCUACACAGAGAUGAAGUUGGGGUCCAUGAGAUACAAACAUGUAGCAUCUUUUAGCAGUACAUGUAAGAUAUUUUUAAUUCCUAGACUUCUUUUUUACCCAAUUUAGAGACUAUAUUACAGCGAAUGUAUGGUAACAUAGUAAGAAACAGUUUACCUUCCUCGAAGAGAAACAGUUUACCUUCCUCGAAGAAACAGACUACUGGUUGAUAGAACACGCAGAAGAGAAUCUAAAGCUACCUCAACUUCCUCGAAGCAAUCUUGAUAGAUCACCAGAGAUGUUGCCACAAGUUUGGUUUCAACACUAGUGAAUCGCUUAUGGGAAGAUUCCUAGGUUGAGAGACGUGGUUUUGAGCAAGAAAUUCGUAAUCUACUUGUGAAUGAGAGACUACUUACUUGAUCAUGAUGGAGAGAGCCUCUUGAUGACAGAGAGAAAGUAAAGAUUUGUGAACAUACUCGUGGAAUUUAUGAGCAGGUGAAAGUCUGUUGAUUCUGAGAAAGAAGGUAACACCUCUUCUUAGUUUGUUUUGAUUCAAGUCAUCAAGUUAUAGUAUGACUGCAGAUUAACCAAAUCAUGGAUUCCAUUUAUUUGCGUGAAAGGUUUUUGCUUAAAGCAAAGCUGUCGUUAAUUGAGCAUUGCUUAGUAUUCCUUCAGUUAGUGAAUCUGUUUUUACGGGUUUUCAGCUUAUGGUUUGAUCAACAGACCACUCGUUGUUGGAGUGUUUGUUAGUCCAACAUUGAACAUGUCUUUCCUGGCAGGAAAAAGUUCUAAUCUGAAGACAAGACUGGUCUGAAA